ACAGGUUUGCGUGAGAGGGAGUGUCCGAGCGCUCACACACUGCAUUCAGCACGAGCCUGACGCGCAUCCAGCACAUUCAACCGCACAACCGUCAACGAACAUUUACGUGAACAUCCUCGCUGAAGAUGAUGCUUAUGAGGAAGGUCUGCUGCUUUCUGCUCUGUUGUGUUUUUGAAGCAAGCGUUGCGCGCAGGACUGAAGAAGCGGAGACCUUGGAGAAGAUUGAAAGUGCGCGCUGCGUGUCGCGCUGUCUGACGCUUCACAUCACGCAGAUCACAGCGUUAUUCAAACACCUGCAGAAUGACCAUGUGCUGGACUGGUGUGAAGACCACAGGAGAUGUUCACAGUGCCUGCAACCGUGCAAGGAAUUAUGGGAAACAAGACGAGCCCUGUCUCCCAAGACCUGCGAGAAGCAUCACGAGUGUGUGACCAGUGCUGAGUUUCUGCGCUCGCUGCGGUCACAGAAGCAGGGCGACUGUCCUCCGCCCCAGCGGGCGUCUGGUUUCGCUGCAGCCUGUGUGGAGAGCUGUGCGGUCGACCGCGAGUGCUCCGGCAUCAAAAAGUGCUGCUCAAAUGGCUGUGGACACACCUGCCAGUCCCCAGCCAACCUUUACAGAGGAGUCCCUUUGAAGCCAAGGAGAGACAUUUCCUUUUCAGAGGACCAGAACGGCCAUCUGAAGGUGACGUGGAUGUCCAAGUUUAACGUCUCUGUCGAGCCGGUUCUUUAUAUUCUCCAGAGGAGGUGGAAUCAUGGGAUUCACCCCAGUGAGGACGACGCGUCGGCCUGGCAGACCGUUCUCAUGACCAUGGAGGACCGCUCCUUGUUGAAGGACAUCCGGCCCCACAGGUGGUACCAGUUUCGAGUUAGCGCGGUCAACAGUCAGGGCACCAGAGGCUUCACCACUCCCAGCAAGCAUUUCUUUUCUGUACGAGAUCCAUUUCCCCCAGAGACCCCACAGAAUGCCAGAAUAGGGAACCAGACGCUUCACCCUGACGGCACGGUGAGCGUUCUGGUCCUGUGGGAGGCCCCCAGGGAGAGCGACUUGGUGGUCCACCAUUACAAGGUGACCUGGAACACUCGAGGAACACCCCCAACCAGCCAGAGCCGGGCUGGACGGGUCACAGAUGGGGAUGUAACGGAGAUGGAGCUUCAGGGUUUACAGCCCAACACGCCCUACACUGCACAGAUUCAGGCCGUCUCUUACUGGGGUCAGAAUCGACUCAAGAGCAGCCGAGCUCACCUCUCCUUCAUCACCGCUGCAGCCACCACAUCCUCAAAUUCAAAUGUCCACCUUUCUGGAGAGUUCUCCAAUGAGAUUCCCAUAUCCCAUUCCUCUCCCAGUAUCCUGAGGCUGGAAGCGGCCGCCCCUCAUUAUCACGACAACCAGCUGCAGGUCAAGGUCUUCUGGAAGAGCCGAAUCCCAGGCAACCAGAAGGAUUCCAGUUCAUACAUUUUGAGAUGGUAUCCUGAAGUUUGUGCCCGUAACGUGACAAAAGAGGAGAAAACAGCCACAGUUCAGGGAACACAUUUUGUGAUUACUGGCCUGCUUUUCGCCUGUAAGUACCGUGUGGCAGUGAAGCCCGUUACAGAACAAGAGCAGAGGUCGGAGGUCAUGACCUCUGUUACCACCCCACUGUGCUCAUCGCUGAUGGGCCGGCGGAAAAAACCUGCUGCCUGUGCCAGAGAUGAGCGCCAUCCUCAGGUUAAAAAAGCCCUGCAGCGGCCUGAGAAGCUGGCAGCAUCAUUUCAGCCAGUGAACCACUCUGUGCAGGCCAUGUUCAGCUGGCAGGUGUCGCCAGAAAGCGCAGGUCAGACGCCCAUCACUGGAUUCCAGCUCUCUUGGGUCAAAGUGUCCCGCAGCAGCACCAACGGCACUCUCAUCUCCCAAACACACAUCCUGCCACCCGAUCAGCUGUCACUGACUGUAGAUGCGCUGCAGCCCGAGAGCGUGUACAGAGUUCAGGUGCAGGUCCUGUCUGAAGCAGGUCAUGGACCGUCGGUGUCUAAAACCCUCCACACUCCUCACGUGAACGGCACACUCCUCUGAGAUGGAGGAAGGAAGUGAGGAAUCAAGCUACUGGUAUAUGAUAAAGUGCUUGUGUUGUUCCUCAUUUGGAUAAAUGCGUCUGUUAAAAGACUAAAUGUAAAAGCACUCUUCAUCAUCAGAAAGACAGUGUUAUCGAACUCCUGCUGUCAUGGAGUUGGUGUAAUGGGACGAGACCACUUGCACCAGACCAGCGCGAUCAAAGAAGAAAACAACACGGAAGUGAAGGCUUUAGACUGUACUGUAAUAUAGGAAUGUUAAAUAACCAAAUUAUGCUUUUGUUAUGUAAAAAUGAGUAGCACUGAUGUAUUUAGUAUGUAGUUGCAUAUAGUUAUGCACCACGUUAUUUUAUUAACAUUUGUUUUUCAUACAGAAGUUUAAUGUGCUUUUAUUCAAUGGGCCUCAUUCAUGAAACACUAGCAGUAUGAAUGUAUAUUCUUGGGUAAAUUCCAGUUAUUUUACAUUACUUGUAUUAUUUUAGAAGACAGAGGUGUAUUAACCAUGUUCAUUUUAUGAACAGUUUACACAGAAAUUCAUUCUAUUCGUGUUUCAUGAAUAAUGCCUAAUAUAAAUGUGUUUAAUUGAACAAGUAAUGUAAUAUAUUGAAUUUCAACACUACAUCUCUAACCUUGUAAUCAACCCUGUCUGCAAUUAAUCUCAGAUUACAAUUUGCAUAGGGUUAUUUCUGAACAACAGCAUGUCUGAUUUUAUUUAUUGUGAAUGUAAUUCAUUAAUCUCAAGCAGAACGAGUGUAAGACUAAACUUGCUAUGACAAAUCGUGAGAAAUGUCAGUGCCUUAUACUGUAUCAGUUAUAUCAGGCUAGAUCAGAUUGAUUUACUGCAAAGCAUGUUCACAUGUGUCUCUGCUUUAACUGUCCUUCUGCUUUUACAAAUCACUCACAGCAUACAAACAACAAAUGUGCUGGGAUACUGCUGCUUUAACUGGGCAAAUGUUUUCAUGAAAUGCUUUUGAAAGAUGUAUCUUUGUACAAUAUAGCAUUUUUGUAAAUAUUGAAUUUUGAUGUGUUAUCUAUGGUUUGUUGUCAUUACUAAUAAAUACAAUACUAUAACGGUCCGGGCAGGUGUGUUGAGACAAGU